UGUACGAAGCAUCGUGCCGUCUCACCUUCCCAAGAGCCACCCAGACUGACCUUUCUGCGACGAGCAGCCUGGACGGGGACAGCGACAGAAGUUUCCGACAACCACCUUUGCGGUCGUCCCAACCACCGACCGCAUCCUCCACGACCACCUCGACGCCAAUAUGGCAGCCGAAAACCAGUGGGGCGUAACGCCUCCUAUUUCGACGUUGCUCCCGACCGAGGCUGAGAAGCGCUCAAACGACGCCCUGUUUGCAGAGCUCAAGGCGCAGAACACCUACGAGCAUGCGACCGAGACGCAGAAGAGGGAGGUUGUCCUCAAGUCGAUCCAGUCCAUCGCCGAUGUCUUCGUGCAACGCGUGGCCGAGAUACGACACGCCGAAAACGCUGCAAUCGUCAAGUCCGCCAGAGGCCGUGUCUUCACGUACGGAAGUUAUCGCCUGGGCGUCUUCGGCCCAGGCUCCGAUAUCGAUACCCUCGUCGUCGCUCCCAAAUACGUCACUAGAGACGACUUCUUCGAACACUUCCCCGGCCUGCUCAACGAGAUGGCCCCGCCUGGCUCGAUCGAAGACCUGACCGCCGUCACCGACGCCUUCGUGCCCAUCAUCAAGUUCGAGUAUUCUGGCAUCAGUAUAGAUCUAAUCUUCUCUAGAAUCGCUACCGUCACCGAGAUCCCGCCUCUCUCCACCCCCUGGGACUUGCUCGACAACAACCUCCUGCGCGGCCUGGACGAUGCUGAACUGCGAUCGCUCAAUGGUACGAGAGUUACGGACGACAUCCUGAAGCUGGUCCCCGAGAAGACGUCUUUCAGACUGGCACUGCGGGCCAUCAAGCUGUGGGCCCAGAAGCGCGCCAUCUACGCCAACAUCAUGGGCUUCCCUGGAGGUGUGGCCUGGGCCAUGUUGGUGGCCAGAGUCUGUCAGCUUUACCCAAAGGCAAACGGCGCGGUCCUGGUCAACAAAUUCUUUCACAUCAUGCAGCGCUGGCCCUGGCCUCAGCCCGUGCUGCUGAAGAAGGUUGAGGAGGGCCCUCUGCAGGUCCGAGUGUGGAACCCCCAGGUGUACAAGGGAGACUCGUAUCAUCUCAUGCCCAUCAUUACUCCGGCCUACCCGUCCAUGUGCGCGACCUUCAAUAUCACACACUCAAGCAAGACCAUCAUACAGAAAGAACUGGAGGAUUUUGCCCAAGUGGUGGACCAAAUCAUGAUCGGCAAACUCCCGUGGAAGUCGCUCUUCGUCAAGCACACUUUCUUCACUCAGGAUUACAAGUAUUACAUCAUGGUCAACGCAGCCAGCACGACCAAGGAGAACAGCAAGAUCUGGGGUGGCUUCGUCGAGUCCAAGAUCCGUCUUCUGGUCCAAAAUUUGGAGCGACACUCUUCUGUCGAGCUCGCACGCCCGUUCAACAAGGGAUAUGAGCGCAAACACAAGACCGUCCAUGGCAUGGAUGAGUGGAACGUCAUUCUGGACGGAAGUUUCAAGUACAUCGUAAAGGACGGUGAUGACGCUGACGACAAGUCCAAGACAGAGUCAGGUAAUGACGCGGCCAAAGAAGGCGGCGACGGCACCGAAGUCAAAGGAGAAGGAGAUGAUGGCCCGAAAGAUGUUUUCACCUCGACACACUACAUCGGCAUCAAGCUGCGCGAAGGUGCGAAAUCACUCGACCUGUCUUACGAAGUCAAUGAGUUUAAGGCAAAGCUGUAUGACUGGGACAAGUGGGAGACCGAGCUUCAACAUUGCUGCGGCAUCAGCGUGCAGCACGUCCGAAACUGCAACCUUCCCGACGAUGUUUUCGAGCCCGGCGAGGUCAAGCCCGCGAAACCUAAGAAGAAGGCGGCGCAAGCACCGAAUGGAGUGAAACGCAAGGCGCCCACUCAAGAAGCCAUUGAUACAGCCAAGCGACAGCAGACCUCAACGGUCAGCGCUGGUUGAGCUUUGAUCCCCCGACAUCCUUUUUUGCACUGAUCUAUCUUAUGCAGGCAAGGCUAUCAUCAAAGAAAAUUAAUGAACGAGAAAAAAUAUAAAAACAAAAGUAAACAGAAGCCGUGGUAGCUUGGCCACCCGAGCUGUUAUGCGCAUGUCCGGCCGUGUUUCUUGCAAACCGGCGUCUCAGUGCUACAGCUGGCCAAGAUCACACACUUCUGGGGAACCGAGAAGGGAGCCGCAGAUUGGAACGAGAAAUGGCGCGUUCAGGGGAGUCUGUGCUAAGGAGUAGCACUGCCACCUCAAGUCAUCUCGUCGGCUGAUUUGGAAAUAGACGUAGAAGGCAUCUCAAGCAAUGGCAAAAAAAAGCGGAUGGCAGGUCUGCGGGGGGCCAUGUCAUGGAGAAGAUAUGCCCUUGAUGGUGCGGCCUAUCUGCUCUUGCUGGCUAUGUAUGAUAGACUAGAGCGCACCUACGCAAAUAAAGCUACAUUUUAGAGGCAUACGUGCCUCGCCAAA